UCGGUUGUGCCAUCAUUCAUACCCAGUAUCACGAUUACCAUGAUGGACGUACCUCCCCACCUGCUUCAACCUCUGUGUAUCGACACCAACAUCACCUACGAACUGGAUAUGUCCAAGUUCCCAGGUCUGGAUGACCCACAACAUAUGUACCAGCCUGCUCUGUUGAUAGCCACUGACUGGAGCGACUACCAUGAAGCACAACUUGUCACACAUGACGCCGAUGUUCCCGAGGAUGACUUAUACUCUCUCAUAGAAUCCAGUCAGGUCCUGUUCCCGGAAUUUACAGAUUCAAGCAGUGAUGAAAAUGCCAAUUUCGAAGCUCUCUUGGAUGAAGUGAUCUCCUCAACGGCAUCUUGCGGCAACCUUUGGGAUGAAUCAGAUUUCACUUUGUCGGAUUUAAAAUCCUCAACAGACUGUUGUUACCAAUCAGAGUUAUCGCCCCUAGGCGGAAGGGGCCAGAAGCGACGUCAUUCCAGUGAUACUGACCAUUUGUAUACCAGCAAGAAAUACAGAAUGACAGAAGUUGACACGCAUACAGCAAUGCUCCCAUCGCUUGUUUCUGUGUACCCAACUUCCAAUAAUUGCAUCUUUGGAAGAGAUUCAUAGACAUUAUUGAAACCAAAAAGAGACUUAUUACUUGACCUUGUCAAACACGAGAUGUGCUAUGUUAUGUCAAAUCAGAGUUAUUAUUGAGCAAUUUGGUGCCAAGAAAUUAUUUUCAUGCAAAUAUAACCGUAUUACUGAUAUUUAGUACAUAGUGCCAAAUCCUGUUACACAUUUUUACAAAUGG